CAAGCGCUCAGUCUGAAGGAAACUCCUCCCUGCUGACAACACGCCGCUCGCAGCGCAAUGGUCUCCUGGAUUAUUUCUAGGCUUGUGGUGCUCAUAUUUGGUACCCUUUACCCGGCAUACUCCUCUUAUAAAGCUGUUAAGUCAAAAGAUGUGAGAGAAUAUGUGAAAUGGAUGAUGUACUGGAUAAUAUUUGCACUUUUUACUACAGUUGAAGUGAUUACUGACAUCUUUCUGUGCUGGCUCCCAUUCUACUAUGAGCUCAAAAUUGCCUUUGUCGUGUGGUUACUUUCCCCGUACACAAAGGGAUCCAGUGUCCUGUAUAGAAAAUUUGUCCACCCUACACUCUCCUCUAAGGAGAAGGACAUCGAUGAAUACCUUUGCCAAGCAAAAGAUAAAAGCUAUGACACCCUGGUGCAUUUUGGAAGGAGAGGCCUGAAUGUGGCAGCAACAGCCGCAGUAAUGGCUGCCACCAAGGGUCAAGGCGUUCUCUCUGAGAGACUUCGCAGUUUCAGCAUGCAGGACCUGUCAUCUUUCCAGGCAGAAGGCCAGGCGAAGAAUGCAAGUUCUGUAACCACUCAACCUGCAGACACGCAGCACAGGACACGCACCAUGAUGCGCAGCAAAUCAGAGGCCGGUUACAGCAAGGGCCAUGAUUUUGACAUGACCGAAUAUGAGAUGUUGAACGUGGAGCCUCCUGGCCCGCUGAUUCCCACACCCACCCCGACCCCAUCGCAGGCCGCUUUGCUGCAACCUGAUCCCACGACUCCACAGCUUUCCCCCCCUGAGUCCUUCGAGGAUAAAUCCGCACCCCCGCCUGUACCCUUAGAGGAGGCCCAGGAGAAGGAGGAGUUUGCCUCGUCUGCUUCACUCCAGUUCAGAUUUAAGAGGCGUGCCCCUGAGCCUCCUCCUAGAUCCCUAAGACCUUUCACCCGAUCCAGAUCAAAGAACGCCCUUUCUUCAGACCCCGAAGCCAUGUGACUUUGCAUAUGAGAGCGCUUUAGCUGUCUAACCUGCAACACGAGGAGACGCAACAGGAGAAGGAAGGCAGAGGGGGAAAGGGAAUGCAGCCAAAAUGUUCAAAUAUUGAAAAGCAGCCUUGCUCUGUAAUGAGGUAACCAAAGCGAUGUGCAACCUUUCGCUUCUGAUGUAUUUAGGCAACACAUCUGUGUACAUACCGCUGCUCUGAGACUCUGUUAGGGUUAUUGAACUUGUUUUGUACAUAUUUAUGAAAUGUUUGGGUGUUGAUUAUUUGUUUGAUUUCUUGGUAUGAUUUUGGGAGAAACAAACGCAUUGCAUGUCACUGGUCCUAUGUCACCAUAAUUACUUAUGGUUUAUGAGCAUACUUUAUUUUUGUGGACGCUGCACUCAUUUCUGCCCCAACUCAACAACUACUGGGAAGCAAAGCGUUUCUGAACCAAUUUUUCUUAGAACAAUAGUUCUUAGAUGGUUGGUGUGUUUGGCAAACAUAACAUUUAUUUCACGAUAUAUGUUGCCUGCAUGUUCUUCUGUUGAGAGGGACUUAAAACAAGCUUGUAGUUAAACCAAAUUAAAGUUAUUUAUUACAAUGCCUGACAUGAUAUAUGAUUUAAAAUAGAUGGACAUAGUGCAAUCGAUUUUACAAUUCUGCUAAACUUUCAAUAGUUCAGCCAUAAACUAUAUAUAUAUAUAUAUAUAUAUAUAUAUAUAUAUAUAUAGUUAUUCAAUAACCAUCUUGUUUAAAAUACACUCACAAAAGAAAAGCUUUUCCAGACCGAAAGAGGCAAUUAAGUUGAUAGUUGUUUAUGGACAUUUUUGUUUUACUUCAUUACUUUCAUUAUUAGGCAUGUACAGUGUUUUUUUUUAUAGAAACCUUUCAAAACAUGGCAUUUUUAACUUUUUAAGCCUUUAAACUUUUUUUUCUUCUCUUUGUUGGCUUCUUAAAGGGAUAGUUCCCCCAAAAAUGAAAAUUCUGUCAGAAUGGAGAAGGAACUAACCUUUUAAACCUCUUCAGUUGCUUGAUGUUGCAUGUAUUAACAAUGACAAUUUGAAUGUUUCUCACAUUUUUUGGCCUCCACUUUCUGUGCGUGUUCAGUAUUAAAGUACCUUAUCAGUUGAGCAGGCAUUAGUGGUGAUUUGGUACAACACAAAGCGGGUCCUUCACUCCAUGUAGUGUCGUUUUACUUUUGUAGCAUUUAGGAAUCAUGUGGGAUUAUUACACUAGCUUAGCAUGUAUCACAGAGAAACUCACAGUUUGUCGUAUCAUUCCCGAUCACAGUCGAGUGUAUUGGAGUCACUUAGAGCUGUAAAUCUCUCUCAUGGAUGAGGCAGAAGUGUAUCAACUCUAAAAGAAAAGCAUAGCAAACACCAUUGGAUCUUAGAGCAGUCUAUGUUUAGAAAGUGUUUAAUACUGUGAAAAUGAUGACAAUCCUAAUCUCUUAAAGAUGCUUUAUCAAAUUGAAGGUUUUAUGUAUUUGAGAUCUUGUAGCUGUUCAAAUGGUUAUAUCAAACUUCACUG